CUCCUUGAAGACAGCACUCAGAGGGAUAUAACUUUCCUCUUAGUGAGCUUUUCUGCUCCGGAUCUCUCUGUCUCAUCCUGCUCUUUUCUUUUUCUGAAACUUACCCCUCAAAGACGACAGCAGCCAUGAGUGUGAAACGUACCACAUACAGCACUAGUUCCGGAAGCUUUAGCGGCGGUGGCGGUGGUGGCUUUGGUGGAGGUAUCAGAAAGAGCUUCUCCAGCAUGUCUGCCAGCGCGGCACCCAUGGGCAGCAGGAUAAGCAGUGUGUCAAUUAACCGCUCCGGAGGAGGUGGCGGUGGUGGCUACCAGUUUAGCCAAUCUGGAUCUGGAGGUGGAUUCGGCUACAGCCUUGGUGGCGGCGGUGGCUUUGGAGGAGGUGCUGGCAGUGGCUUUGGAGGAGGUGCUGGCGGAGGUUUUGGUGGAGGUUUUGGCGGAGGUUUUGGUGGAGGUUAUGGCGGAGGUUUUGGCGGAGGUGCCGGAGGGUUUGCUGCACCCAUCACAGCUGUCACAGUGAACCAGAGCCUCCUAGCCCCGCUGAACCUGGAGAUCGACCCCAAUAUCCAGGUUGUCCGCACACAGGAGAAAGAGCAGAUCAAGACCCUCAACAAUCGCUUUGCUUCCUUCAUUGACAAGGUGCGCUUCCUGGAGCAGCAGAACAAAGUGCUUGAGACAAAAUGGAGUCUACUGCAGGACCAGACCAGCACUCGCUCCAACAUUGAUGCCAUGUUCGAGGCCUACAUCGCUAACCUGCGCAGACAGCUUGAUGGACUUGGUAAUGAGAAGAUGAAGCUAGAUGGAGAGCUGAAGAACAUGCAGAAUUUGGUUGAGGACUUCAAGAACAAAUAUGAGGAUGAAAUUAACAAGCGUGCCGCAGUGGAAAACGAAUUUGUCCUGCUAAAGAAGGAUGUUGAUGCCGCCUACAUGAACAAGGUUGAGCUUGAGGCCAAGGUUGAUUCUCUUCAAGAUGAAAUCAACUUCCUUCGGGCCAUCUAUGAGGAGGAGCUGCGUGAACUCCAGGGACAGAUCAAAGAUACAUCAGUCAUUGUGGAAAUGGACAACAGUCGCAACUUGGACAUGGACUCCAUUGUUGCCGAGGUCCGUGCUCAGUAUGAGGAUAUCGCCAACCGUAGCCGUGCUGAGGCCGAGACAUGGUACAAACAGAAGUUCGAAGAGAUGCAGUCAUCUGCUGGCAAGCAUGGCGACGACCUUCGCAGUACCAAGGCUGAGAUUGCUGAACUCAACCGCAUGAUCAGUCGACUUCAGAAUGAAAUUGAAUCCGUCAAGGGACAACGUGCCAACCUGGAAGCUCAGAUCGCUGAGGCUGAGGAGCGUGGCGAACUAGCAGUGAAGGAUGCCAAGGCCCGCAUUAAGGAUCUGGAGGAUGCACUUCAAAGAGCCAAGCAGGAUAUGGCGCGCCAGGUGCGAGAGUACCAGGAGCUCAUGAAUGUCAAACUGGCCUUGGACAUUGAGAUCGCCACCUACAGGAAGCUUCUGGAAGGAGAAGAAUCUAGGAUUGCUGGUGGUGGUAGCUCCGCAACCAUCCACAUCCAGCAGUCAUCAAGUUCAUCUGGUGGUGGUGGUGGUGGAUACGGCAUGGGCGGCGGCGGCGGCAUGGGAAUGGGAAUGGGAAUGGGAGGUGGCGGCGGCGGCGGCGGAUUCGGAUACGGUGGUGGUUCAGGGUUUUCUAUGGGCGGAGGCUCCGGCAUGAGCUUGAGUGGUGGUGGUGGUGGUGGUAGUAGCAGAGUCUCAAUGUCCAGCUCCUCCAUGCAGCAAAGCCGACGCUACUAAGCAUCCAACCAUUUCCCUCCACCCCUACAACCUCCAUCACCUGAGCAAGAAGCUUUAAUCUCAAUGCACUCCUUUCUUUUCAUUCCAUGGUUCAAUCUGCUCAUAGUGCUUGAGCAUUUCCUUACCUUUUUGAUGCACUGUGCCCAAAAGAGACAAUCAACUGGGAGAGUGUUCCAUGCCUGCAGAACAGCUUUUUGCGUUCACUGUGUUUUCUUUGUUUCUUGUUGUUUCAUUCUGGCAUCACACCUCCUCUGGCUCAAAACCUGUCCUUUAGGGAGACACACAAGAAGAAAGCAGCUUAUGAGAAAAAAGUUGCAAGGAGCUCAAGUGUGUUUUUCAGAAUGAAUAGCUUUUGUUGCACUAUGUCAUGGCAUGCAAGUAUUAAGUGAACACAACAUGGAUAUAUGUGUUUUGAAAUUAGUAAAAAAUUCUGCAGCACUAAAAAGCUUUGUCAAUGUUAUCUGAUGCAUUUAGAGGAAAAUACCCAUAGGGUAACAAAAGCUACUCAUUUGAAAUGCUACUUCCCUCAGAGAGGAGUAACUGUGUGGCAAACCUCAGUUAUUCUCCAACAUUUCCCUGAUUUGGGGAUGAUGGGCUGAACUAAGAGCUGUUUUUUAUGUCACAAGAUUCUUGUAUUCAUCAAACCUGAUGGAAUGUCAUAUGCCAUGUACCACAUUAAAACAGCAAUAAAUCAGGUUUAUAUAUAAAAAAAAA